CGUUGAAAAUUGAAUGAGAACUGGGAAAGAUAACGACCGGAGAGAGACUGGACCCCUUGAGGAGAGAGAGGGAGACGGCUCAUCCAUCGUAAUAAAGUCAGUUUUUUUUUUCUCUUUUAUUUUUUUACUUUCGGAUUUUCUCGCGAGAAUCUGCUCUGGUUUCUGCGGAGAUCGGAGUGUUGGAGUACUGAAUCUGGAUGUGAUUUUGUCGGUGAAUCGGAGAUGAGGAACGUGAACAAUACCGUCGAGACCGUGAACGCCGCCGCAACCGCCAUCGUCACCGCCGAGUCCCGCGUUCAGCCGACGGCGGUCCAGAAGAGAAGAUGGGGAAGCUGCUGGAGCCUUUACUCAUGUUUUGGAUCCCAAAAGAACAAUAAACGGAUCGGUCAUGCUGUACUUGUCCCAGACCUGGCCGUACCUGGAGUCCCUGUGGCUACUAUCCGAAACUCGACCACUUCAACUCCAAUCGUUCUUCCCUUUAUAGCUCCUCCUUCGUCUCCUGCUGGAUUUCUGCAAUCCGAUCCUCCAUCCGUGGCUCAAUCCCCUGCUGGUCUUCUUUCCCUCACCAUCAAUACAUAUUCCCCCUCUGGACCUUCAUCGGCCUUUGCCAUUGGCCCUUACGCACAUGAAACUCAACCGGUCACUCCUCCACAAUUCUCCGCCUUCACGACAGAACCCUCCACCGCACCUUUCACCCCACCCCCCGAAUCAGUUCACAUGACUACUCCUUCUUCCCCUGAAGUGCCCUUUGCUCAGUUGCUGGCUUCAUCCUUGGAGAGAGCUCGGAGGAAUAGUGAUGGGAUGGAUCAGAAGUUCUCGUCGUCCCACUACGAGUUUCAGUCUCAUCAGGUCUACCAAAGGAGCCCUGGUGGUAAUCUAAUCUCCCCUGGGUCUGUGAUUUCGAACUCCGGCACAUCUUCUCCGUACCCGGUAAAGUGUCCCAUCGUUGAGUUCCGUGCGGGUGAACCUCCCAAGCUAUUGGGUUUCGAGCAUUUCACGGCACGGAAAUGGGGUUCAAGGUUUGGUUCUGGAUCCAUUACACCGGUUGGGCAAGGUUCGAGGUUGGGUUCAGGUGCUCUGACUCCUGAUGGUGGAGGCCUCGGUUCAAGGUUGGGUUCUGGCUCAGUGACACCAAUCACUGUUGGGAUUUCAAGACUCAGUUCUGGAGCUAUGACACCCGAUGGCAUAUGGCCUGCACCACUCGAAGGCACUCUCCUGGAGAAUCAGAUAUCUGAGGUGGCAUCACUGGCCAACUCAGAUCACGGGUCUAGGCAGGAUGAAGUGGCAGUCGAUCACAGAGUUUCGUUUGAGUUGACAGGUGAAGAUGUUGCUCGUUGUCUAGCGAGCAAGCUUAACAGAUCCGGUUUAGAUGUUACACAGGACAGGGCAAAAAAUGGUAACAAAAUGGAGACAGAAGAAACAUCUGUAGACAGACGAAACAGCUGCCAUGGGGAAACUUCCGGUAAUAUCUCCGAGAAAGGGUAUGGAGAAACAGAGAGCGAGCAGAGUCACAAGCUGAGAUCUUUCUCGCUAGGGUCGAGCAAAGAAUUCAACUUCGACAACAGGAAAGAAGAGAUCCCGGAAAAGCCAGCGGUUAGGAGAGAGUGGUGGGCAAAUGAGAAGGUAGCGGGGAAAGGCGAUAGCCCGGGAAACAACUGGAGUUUCUUCCCGGGCUUACGCUCUGCUGUCAGCUGAGAAACGAAGAAGCUUUCCUUGCUUCAUCCCAAAUUCUUCUAACAAAACCUGAUCAUGUGUUUCAGAUGUGGCGAGAAAAUUAAACGGUAAGGUUUGGUCUAACAAAAUAUAUAUAAAAAAACGAUACAGAAACGACGGUCCAAUGAAGGGAACAUUGAGAUAUACUGGUUAUGAUAAAAUGGACAUUCUCUGAUAAAUUGCUUCAACUUGAUUUCGUCAUACCAAACAUUAGCCUUUGGGUAUAUACUAUACACAAUAUAUGUAUAUAGGAGUACUGAGCUGUGUGUUUCCUUUCCUUUCCUUCUUUGUAAUGAAAUACAUUCAGAUUUAGAAGAAUAUUUAUCCCCCCAUUCUCUUC